AAGGCCGGUGCUACCGCUUGGGAUGGAGGGGAGGCUCAACCGCCUCUCCGCGAGCUCCUCGAGUCGAACGCCCUCGACUUUGCAAAGACUGGCAGAGCUCUCGUCCCCGGUUGUGGAAGAGCAUACGAUGCUAUCUACAUCGCCUCGAAGUUGGGUUUGACUACCGUAGGCUACGACAUCUCUCCUACAGCUCUUGAGGCUGCAAACAAGUACCUCUCGGCGUUCCCAGAACUUCAGUCAUCCGGGAGGAUAUCAUUCCAACUCGGUGACUUCUUUGCCCUCAGUCCUCCGGAGAACGAACGCUUUGACGUCGUCUAUGACUACACCUUUUUCGUUGCUAUCCCACCAUCUAUGCGGGAUGACUGGGGUCGUCAAAUGAGUGCGCUGGUCAAACCAGGCGGCUACCUCAUCACGCUCGUCUAUCCCCUAGGCCUCACGCCUGAUGGUCGCGGCCCUCCGUACCACGUCGAGCCCGAGCACUACGUUGGCCCCCUUGGUGGUAACUUCACGAAGGUUUACGACGAGACUCCCAAGACGAAGGCUGCGAGUCCCUACGACGGCGAAUCGCAGAUGAUUGUGUGGAAGAGGAACUGA